AUUUUAGGGGGAAGAAAGAAAGAAGCUAAGUUGUGGUCUGUGUGGUGUACACGGGGAGCGAUUUUUAUUUAUCCGCUUUAGUUCGGCACCGGCCUCUCUGGGAUAUUUAAGCAGCGGUGCGCCGGAUUCCAUAUUUUACUUUUUUUCUGUUUCCAAACUUCUCCGCUACUGUUUUCGCCGAAUCCCAGACGGGGUUUCUGUCCUUCUGAAAACGGGAAUGAUAAAAGCGGUCGGACGCACGGACAGCGGAGUUAAACCAGAGCCGUGUGUGCUUUCUGUUGCCUUUUCCAACGCUAAUAGUUGUGUUCGGAGCCCGUUUCCUCCUCCGAUGAAUGGCAGAAGUCUGCGCUCGGUCGGCUGUUGUUUUCCCGUCUACACUGGACCCACAUGAAGAGGUGGUAGUCUGUAUCCUGCUGAAAUUCUCCCUGCUUUUGUGUUCUUCAAAAGGAAAACGGAGGAGCUCCCCCACGGUCCGCACUGGCUCUUUUACCGACUUUACUGAGAGUUUCAGACUUUAAAGGAGACGCUACAGAUGUGGAACCACCAGAGGAACCACAAAGGAAGCCCCCUUCGACCUUAGGUCACAUCAAAGUGCCCCUGGUUCAUUUGUUUCUCGUGUUUGCCCCAACCUGAAUUGUUAGGACCAGAUUCCAUGGAGGCUUACUCACCGCAGCCCACCUGUGCCUGUGGAUUUCCCACAUGUGGGCCGACCUGAUGGCUCAGAAGACCCACAGUUUUGUUUAAAAUGUCUUAAAGGGCUUUUAUUAUUUAUCUGCUGUGUAUUUAUUGUUUGUACAGAAGUGGUUCUUUGGCGAUGUUUUGAGACUGAAAGCUAAUAUUUCUGUGUAACUGUUGAAUUACUUGAUCACCUUUGUUCUACUGUAAUCUCGCACUGAAUUGGGACUACAAUAAUCUGUACGGUAAAGGGAGUCGCUGUAGGCCCGGGCAGGUUAGAGAACAAGCACAAAAAGAAACGGGGCUUCACCAUGGACAAACCCAUCAGCAAGUUACUGGGGAAGUUGAAGCUCACCGACGCAGGCAGUGUGAAAUUCAACAGUUCUAAGAAAAAACAAGACUCUGCCAACAACUCCAAUAACAGCAACGCCAACGGUGGCGUCUCGGUGAAUGGUAGAGGGGGCAGCGCUCUGCCACCCGGGCCUGGCCCCGUGGCUGCCUCACCCUCCAGGCCUGGCCAGUUCACGCUUGCCCCCUCAACCACAAAUGAUCCGUGUGUUCCAGCAAGUGGGAGAACAGGAGGAGGAGGAGGGAUGGGAAUUGCUCCCUCUCAGCUCCUCACCACCCCACCCACUUCCUCCACAGUGGGCACCAUACCUCCAGAUGGCGAGCAGCCACUUCAUUCCUCCACCAUGGCGCAACUGAGAUGCCCCACCCCCCAGCAGAGAGCCUCCUGUUACCUAAGUGAAGGUGUUGAUUCCCACCUGAGGCGUGAAUCUGGCCUGGGCUCUGAGGGCGACCCAAUGGGAGCGUUUGGUUCUAAGGCAUCUCUUAAUCAGCGGCGGUACUCCUUGGAGCUGCAGCAGCUGGUCAGACGGCAGCAGCUUCUCUCCCAGCCACCUCCUCAUGCCGUUCCUCCGUUGUACCCUGCUACCACAGGGUAUGGGUCUGCUCCAAGAGGUGGUGGAGGGGGUCUGGCAGAACCUGGAUACCUCUCUGAACUAGAGAGGCACAAACGCUUCUCUCUUCAGGAGGCUUUGUUUUACAAAUGUCUGAGCACAGGGAGUGAGGUGUGGGAGAACCCCCGACCGGCUUCCCUCUCUCAUCCACCACAUCACCCAUCUGAUGUAACAGGUGGGGGUAUGGGGGGAGGCUUGUUUUACCCUCCAGGACCAACCCUGAGCCCAUGCUCAUCAUUUAGCCUCCAGGGGUCAGUACUGGUCAGCCCCAGAUCCAGCUUCGCGUCCAGCACAGCCAGCGGUGGAGGGGGAGGAGGAGGGGGGAGUCCUAUAGGUAGCCGCUGCAGCAGCAACCGGACCAGUGGCAUCAGCUUGGGUUACGACUCUCGCUACUCUGCAUCUGGAGGCCUUCCUCCACAGCAGCCAACCAUGCAAACUGCAGGAUCUGUUGCUGGUUAUGGAGUUCCAGGCAGAGCUGGAGGAACUCCCAUAGAGGCCUGGACUCAGUACCUGGAGGGAGGGAUGCGUCCUGGAACCUACGAUAGCCGUCAUUCCUACCCACCAGCCGUAGGAAGCCCAGCUGCAGUAUGCUACCAAGCAGGACCGGAUUGGUGGGAGGAUCACGAAGCUGGAGUGAGAGGAAAAGAGGCAGGUGUGAUGGGAGAAAGGGCCCGAUACUCAGACCUGCCUGGUACCCGAUACCAGGAGGAGCUGACAAGACUUCUACUGAGAGAUGCUGCUCGAGAAGGUGAAGGGUUACUGGACGGCCUGAGGCUAAAAGACCAGUCUUUAGCCCUGACCUCCCUUUCUAAACCAGCCACAACAGUGGGGUCUUCUUCAGCUGGGGGUCCCAUCAAACCUCAAGAAGACCAAGGAGCUUCAGCUGGGAAAGAGAACGUGGAAAGCCGCCAGGAGUUCUUUGGUACCUGUGUUAAGUGUGGGAAAGGCGUGUAUGGGGCGGAUAAUGCCUGCCAAGCUCUGGACAGCCUCUACCACAGUCGCUGCUUUACCUGCGUGUCUUGCGGGCGCACCCUGAGGAACAAGGACUUCUACAAUGUCAGCGGCUCUGUGUACUGUAAAGAGGAUUACAUGUUUUCGGGAUUCCAGGCAGCUGCUGAGAAGUGUAGCGUGUGUGGUCACCUCAUUCUGGAACAGAUCCUGCAGGCUGUAGGGAACUCGUACCAUCCCGGGUGUUUCCGCUGCGUGGUGUGCUCCAAGGCUCUGGAUGGGGUACCUUUUACUGUGGACCAAAACUGCAACAUCUACUGUGUGGCAGACUACAACAAGACCUUUGCACCGAAGUGUGCCGCCUGUUUACAACCCAUCUUACCUACUGAGGAAGCCGGAGUACCCGGAGAGAACCCACGCAUGCACAGGGAGAACAUGCAAACUCCAUGCAGAAAGAUCCCAGGCUGGGAAGCGAACCCAGGACCUUCUUGCUGCAAGGCAACAGCUCUAACCACUGCACAGCCCGGGCAGCGAGGAGAUCCUCAGGGUCGUGUCUAUGAACAAGGACUACCACUUUGAGUGCUACCACUGCGAAGAGUGUGGCAAGCAGCUCUCCGAUAAGCCCGGCUCGCAGUGCUUCCCUCUGGACUCUCAUCUCCUCUGCCACUCCUGUCACAUGAACAGAGUGUGUGUCACACACACCAUUCCCCCUCACUGAUCACCUUAAACUGCCGAGUUCGCUAUUCAUGUCAAACACUCUGCCUGCUGUACUUUUACUGUACCGUAGAUGAAAGGGAACAAAGAAACUACUGCUUUUUAACCCAAUGUGGCUACUGUUUGCUGUAGAAGAACAAGGGAUUUAUUUUGUACAUACGUUGUUGCUAGCAAACAUUUUGCACUUAAAUUAGACUUUACUGUAAGAGGGCAGUAAUCUGAAGAAAAACAUGCUGUAAUUUCUUUUUGUUGUAAAUUUUCUUGUGUACUUACAAGUACUGGUCACCAUUUCAAUUAAACCUUUAACAUCUUUGGGUUUUUAA